CAGACAGAAGCGAAGAUGAGGAAGCUGAGGAUUACUGCAUCUGGAUGGGGGAGAAAAAAAAUCAAAGAAGACACAAACUCACUUUGAAGCGCUCCUGAUCCAACUCAAGAUCCGUCCUCACUGCAGGCACAAGGAAGAGAAGAAAUAAAAUGCCCAGUACCGUGUUGGGGUAGGGCGGGGAGCGGAGCAGCUGGGAGAGCUCGAUUGGGUCGUAGGGCCAGGCGGGUUCGGCGGAUGCGGGGGCGUCGGAGGAGGGUGGAGUUGGCAGCGGUCCCACCGGAAGCUGGAGUGGAGUUGGAGUUGGUCGCGGAUUCAUCGGAGAGGAGGAUCUGGGCGUAGGGCUGCUGGACGUUGAGGAACACCUCUCUUUACUAAACCCGAUAAGAAGAGAAGGGUUUCCUACCCAGAUCUAGAGGAGCGGCGGCGGCGGCGAGGAAAAUCGUUACCGUCCCCCCUUUCGUCCGUGGGAGAUGGAGAAGCCGAACGAGGUGUUGAUGAGGGAGGCCCUCGGGAAGAGAAACUGCCGUGAUCCUGAGGCAGAAUCCCACCAGUUCCGGGCAGAUGAAGGCGAGAACAAGGAGGUCCUGGCACGUCUAGCUUGGGAAGAAGCGUUUUGGGAUGAUUUGGAGCAAUCUUACGGUUCACGGCCGGUGAGGAGGGACACGGAGCAUGCGGAAACGAAAGCUUCUUGGAGGAAGAUGGAUCUGGCGACGGCAUCGCAGAAGGCGGCGGCGGCGGCGGCGGCGGCGGCCUGGUCGGAGGAUGAGGAGGACGACGACGACCCGGACCGUGAGGCUCUCCGAUUUCGCAAAAGAUGGAACUACAUUUGGUCCGAACAUUUCGGUUCCUUCGAGGAUACCACUCUUAUCCCCCCUAUGCGAUUUACCGAUGAGCCUCCGGUUGAAAGACUCUACCCCUCCACUACUCUACAGAUCUUUUCAGCCAAGGUUGCAGGAAUAGGAGGAGGCUUCCAGUGGCCUCUCGACGUGUUCGGUCUGGUUGCCAUACGCGACUCAGUUGAUGAAAAUCGGAAUAUUAUCUUCCAGCGCUCGAGGGAUGAGUGCCAAACCAUCACUGGGGAGGAUCCAUAUUUAGAGCUCACAGGUCCUACCCGUGCUGUGGUGUUGUGGGAUCCUUUGACCAUCGAGGUUUACCUAAGAGUGAAGGGCCCUUCUGAACUCGAGGAUAAAACCUUAUGCUUCCUUGCUGAGGGAAUGAUAUGCUUAGAUAGGGUAAAUUCAUGCCUGCUCCAUGAAACUUGGACUAGCAAGUAUAGCACAAUGGAGUUUACACUUGGGCAUAUUAAUGCCUCUGUCGAGGCCACAAUAUCUGUUCGAGUUGUUGAUGGCUCAUGGCCAGAUGGUUUUCACGGCCAGUUUGUUGCCUGUUUGGUCGGUACUCAUUGGUUUGAUGAAGUGCCUGCUUUUUAUAGUAGCACCAGUGUUGAUGACAAGGAAAUUGUCCUGCUUAGUUUUGGAGAUGAGAAAGUGCCUGCCGUGGUUGAUGGUGUGAUUGAGCUUUCUCGUCGUGUUGUUUCUGUUGAAACUACAAGCAAACUGAAAGUUUCUGUCAAUGCAUGGCAAGAUGAUAACAAUGCUGUGGAAGCUUGGGAGGAAUUUAGUGCCAAGGAAAGAGGUAGAAGCUUCGGUACGCUUGACGUUGGGUUUUGUAAAAUGGACGUUAUUGUGGGCUGGUCACUGGUGACGGAUUAUCCGGAACCUCGGCGCUGAUGUGAAAUAGUAUUUCAAUAAGUUUCAAAAUGAUGGAGCAUUAGCUACUGCGUCUGAACUGGUAUUUAUGUACUGUAGGUGUUGCGUUUGAAGUGGUACUUAUGUAUUUUAGGUGUCGACUCUGAAGUGGUACUGUGUACUGAAAUAAGAGAUAAUGAUGUUGACAUGCUGUGAUUCUGUGUGGGCAAA